UAGCUGGUCAUUUGCUUUCAGCCUUAGGUGAAGAAAGAACACAGGAAGAGACAGGGUUAACUAUAAGAACCGAAGUUCUUGAAGCUAUUUUCACCAUGACCGGUAAAGUACUUGGGAUACUGUUGCUGGUGUGUGCUGUGUCUGCUGAUAUCAAUCUGCACAACCCAAGAGGAGGCAACAACAGACUUGAUGAGGAGAGAAGAGACAGAAAGAACGCAAACAGGCUUUUUGACUCUCAGAACAAUAACCGUGGUGGUCAUAAUGUAGGUAAACUGUACUACUACACGGGAUCACAUCUACAGAUACAAUGGGCUAAUCAGCAUUCGUGUAAUGAUCGUAAUAACCACUGUGAGCUGGUCCUCCAGUACAUGUGUGGGGACCUGGUACGAGAUGGCACAACUACGGAAAUGAUACCAGAAAACAAUCAGGGAUGUUAUAAUGGAAGCUGCAAUACAGAUUUGAGGCUUGGAAUGCACGAAGAUAAUGAUUACUACAACGAGUGUAAAAACAGAGAAAGAAACAAAGGUCUAUUCAUUGCCGAUAGGAAUUUGCGCAACCGUGACACAGCAAAGUACACGCGACAAAACAAUAAUGGCCAACGUCGAGGAUAUGAAUGUCCUGAAGAAAGAGAUUACUAUCCCUACUGGCAUCCUACACCAUGGAGGGAUAUUGCGGUUCUUACCAACAAUGCAUCACGGCGUGAGAUGUAUCGCCGCGAGAGUGAGAAUGUCAGGGGUCGCUAUAAGUGCGUCUUACCGGAAGAACUCAAAAAGACACAACCAAACUUCAGGAUACCGAAUAACAAAGUGGCAUGUGAGGCUGUAAAGUAUCCCAACACAGACCAAGGAACACCAGCACGAUGGGUACGAAUGUCUUCUCACAGACUACCUGCUCCAGACUGCAAACAAUCCAUCUGGUCACGUGACAAUCACCAAGGCAACGUAGAGGGUGGAGAGUUCAUGAGUUAUGACUGGGUAGUCCCGAACACUCCCCAUGAGCAAUGUGUGUUUAGGAUAAGGUACAACAUCACAGCUGGCGAGUACGAUGGCUGGGAUCCCGCUGUUAACUCUGCUUUGAAUGGCCGAAGAAUCUACUACAAUACGAAGUACAAUCUGCCAAUCACAGACAGGGAAGCAAGGAAUCGUGGAUACUACUACAGGAAUGAUCCUGAUGUCAAAAUCUUCAAGGAUGUCCCUGGAUUCAGACUUAGGAUUCAGAUCAACACUAACCAGGAUGCUCGUACUUUCCAGGACAGAUCUCACACCUUUGCCAUUCGUCGUCGACCAGGAAGGCUCCGACGUGCACACAUCCAUAACGUCAAUGUCCGCGGAAAACGAGGCAACAUUGUGCAAGUCUUUCCAUCAACAGAAUAUGACUUUGUACCUAACACACUAACCAUGACUGAAGGACACUACGUUCAUUUCCAGUGGACUGGAUCCAACAGUAACCCUAACAACAAUGCUGGGGAAGGUCGAAGAGGUAGCGACAGGCACAACGUGCUCCCAUUGGCUGAUCCAGUCUACUCGGAGGGCGUCUCACACGCAUAUACCUAUGGACACUUGGGACGAAAUUAUCCAAAGAACAUCAAAGAUGCUGUUUUCCUUGGGUUCUCUCUUGCUGACAAGACCUCUCUUGCUAUAUUAAGCCCACAACAUUUCGGUGGUGAAAACCAACAGCUUGAUGACGCAGGUCCAUACUUUGAUCUUGGUCCACGUGCAGUGAAAGGCAAAGGGACAUACUACUACAUGUCCACUAGGAAUAACAACUUCACUAACAGAAGCCAAAAGGGCAAAAUAGUAGUUAUUUAGCAGGAUCACCAAGCAAUGUUGCCAUGGUGACCGGUUAAAAGGAAUGACCAUGUUUUUUGUUUAGCUUAGAAUUGAGAUGACCAAAUAAAUGAA